AUGUGCGGAGCCGGACUGCCGAGGUUCGAAUUGUUGACAACGGCAGACUGGAAUGCACCAUACCGAGACCCGACUUCCACCGUCAGGGGGUUUGUCCAGCUCGCCAGCACAAAUCGCAUAAGAGAUAUCGCGACCACAGUAAUCAUGGCGACUCUGUAUGAUGACGGGUCGCGCUACCUGUCUUCGUCGAUUUCAUCCAUGUCGACGUCGCGACAACAGGCCUCGCAGAUCGCCAAAGCCUACCGACAGGCCGCCCAAUUGUUUCUGACGCGCCGCCUUCCCGAAGCGCUUUCGACUAUUGAGCCCGUCAUCACCCCGCCGCCUGUUGACGAUGCGGAAGGAACCAGCAGCGACCUCGUGGGUCACGCUCCCGUCGCAACCGCGUCACGGGGAACCCGUAUCAAGGUGUGGAGCUUCUACCUUACCUUUCUCAACGCUGUGAUAGAGCUGGGGGCCGAAGAGGGAAAGCACGCGUUCGGAAGCACGCGGUGGAAGCAGCUGGUAUCCAAAUGUCGCGACGGAAGCAUCUGGGACGACGUGGUGCGGGACGGAUAUGCCGGUGUCGAGGGCGACGUGGAUGCAGACGUUGUAGUCAACCUAGCGACACUGCUCCUCACCCAUGCGCCAUCUCAGAGGCUGAAUCAGCAAAAGCUCGAAACAUAUCUCUCCGCCACCGCCAACCCGACUUUUGACAUUUCCUCGCACAUGGCCUCUCCUUCGUAUCUCGAGAAGCGCCCAGGUCACCAAAGGCAGCACACCGGUACCGAUACCCCACGCGACCUGGAAAAGCGAAUCAAGCUACUCGAGCUCUACACCCUGCACGUCCUGCCAAGGAACGAGGAAUGGGACUACGCCCGCGAGUUUAUCAGCAUGUCCGAGGUCCUGGAUGACGAGCGCAAGGACGCUUUCCUACUCGCCCUGCACUCCCUCAAGGAAGAGAAGGAAGACACGGAAGCACGCGAGGAAAAGUUGCGCCAGCAACAGCAAGAGCAAAUGGAGGAACGUCGCAAAGAGACCGAGGCAAAGCGCCUCGAGCAGUCGCGUGCUGAGGACGAGCGGAGAAAGCGCGAGGAGGAGAACAGACGGCAGCCGCGCGGCUCAGACGACCGCUUACGCAAACCCAUGCCUACUCCCCAGCCCACGCCGUCCCAGUCCUCCCGAACCUCACGCACUCCCGCUAAGAAACCCAUCACACCUCCGCCUGGUUUCUACCAUCGCGCCUCAACCAUGUUUGCAAACCUGCAAGCCAUGAUAUCGAAUACAGCGCAUCAGAUGACGGCAAAUCCCAUGGCCUUCUUCCGCACCUUACUCUUCAUCUUAGCUUUCGGACUAGCAUUCGGCAAGAGAGACUUGCGGGAGAGGAUACUGCGCAUCAUGCGGAAUGCGUGGGAGAAAAUUCGAAAGACCGUAGGCAUGGGUGUCAAGGUUUCCUACAUCUAAUGCAAUCCACUGGUGAGUUACAGAAUGCAUGCCUUAAUUCCAUUUGUUUGGGAAAUGAGAGGGUUGGGUGACUAGCUAACUCGUUGUAUUUUUAUUAUAUAUAUUGGACUUGAUUUCCAUCG